AGGCUAAGGGUUCAAACCCAAGCAGCGUGGAUGAAUGAUACGGGGGGGGGGACCCGUUUGACAAGCCGAGCAGAGGAAUAAGACGCCCUUAACAGACCGCACAAGCACAUUUAUCUUCAAUGUGCUAUUUGUCUUCCGAGCAUUUUCAUCCACAUUCGUCAAGGCAAUGGCAAGAGGGGAUGGUGCAGAGCAGUAUUCGGCGACAAGUUUAUUACCAGUAAAACCAUUAAGUGCAGAUGGAAUCAAAAUUGAAAAGAAGACGAAGGAGCGGAGGAAACCUCUGUCCGUCUGCAGCAAGCUGUGCUACGCCGUCGGCGGCGCGCCCUACCAGAUCACCGGCAGCGCCCUGGGCUUCUUCCUGCAGAUCUACCUACUGGAUGUGGCACAGCUGGAUCCCUUCUACGCGUCCAUCAUUCUGUUCGUGGGCCGGGCCUGGGAUGCAGUGACCGACCCCUGCGUGGGGUUCCUGGUGAGCCGCACCAAGUGGACCCGCUUCGGUCGCAUGAUGCCCUGGGUCCUCCUAUCCACGCCCUUUGCGGUGACGUGCUACUUCCUGAUCUGGUACGUUCCUGCGGUGGAGCAGGGGAAGGUCCUCUGGUACCUGGUCUUCUACUGUCUCUUCCAGUCGCUGCAGACGUGCUUCCACGUGCCCUACUCCUCCUUCACCAUGUUCAUCAGUGACGAUCAGAAGGAAAGAGACUCGGCCACUGCCUACCGAAUGACCGUGGAAGUGCUGGGUUCGGUGGUCGGUACGGCCAUCCAGGGCCAGAUCGUAGGCGGGGCCAUCACCCCCUGCAUCCCCACAGAGUACGAUUUGGAUCGCGAUGGCAACGGAACCCAGCCGUUGAGGAACGUAACUCGCUCACUGGACGACACGAAAGAGGCAUACAUGAUAGCUUCCGGAGUCAUCUGUGCCAUCUACGUGCUCUGUGCCACCAUCUUGUUCGUGGGGGUCAAGGAGCAGAAAGAUAUUAGUCAAAAGAAGGCCAAACCAAUAACCUUCUGCCAAGGCCUGAGAUUGGUGAUGGGGCACGGACCAUAUGUCAAACUAGUCCUUGGCUUCCUCUUCAUCUCCCUCGCCUUCAUGCUAAUGGAGGGAAACUUUGCCCUUUUCCUCACAUACGCACUGGACCACAGAGAAGACUUCCAGAAUAUUCUCUUAGUCAUUAUGCUCUCGGGCACCAUCUCCAUUCCGUUUUGGCAGUGGUUCUUGACCCGCUUCGGAAAGAAGACGGCGGUGUACUUGGGCAUCACGUGGGCGGUUCCCUUCAUGAUCCUGAUGGUGUGCAUCAAGAGCAAUCUGGUGAUUUCCUAUAUGGUCUCCGUGGCGACCGGCGCCAGCGUGGCAGUAGCUUUUCUCCUGCCGUGGUCGAUGCUCCCAGAUGUCGUGGACGACUUCAAGUUGAAGAACCCAGACAUCCGGGGCUAUGAGGCCAUCUUCUUCUCCUUUUAUGUCUUCUUCACUAAGUUUGCAUCGGGCGUGUCGCUGGGCAUCUCCACGCUCAGCCUGGACUUUGCCGGGUAUGUGUCCAGGGGCUGCUACCAACCCGAGUCGGUCAUCUUAACUCUAAAGGUGCUGGUCUCUCCGGUCCCUGUGGCUCUCAUAGCCAUCGGACUGUUGAUAUUGAAGACCUACCCCAUUGAUGAGGAAAAGAGGAAGAGUAAUCGCAAGCUGCUGCAGGAGCUGCUGGACACUGAAGACUCUGAGUCCGAAACUACAGCACUCGGAAGCGUUGUGUAGGCGGUUCAGACGGGACGCUAACGUCGUCCUGCGUAUUUGCAUGAUGAAGCACAAGACCACCUGGGAGACUGGACGGGCCUUGUGUGUUUUCAGUGUAGCUGGACUACGAGUGGAGAGACCACAGACCACACUGUGGUCCGCCUUCCUACGGACGCCUGGUCACGGCUAGCCUUCGAGUGCAGUACACAACGUGGUUUAAUGUUGAAAGAAGCUUUGACAGAAAUACAGUUAUUCUUUGUCUUGUUAGUGGAGAAUUGGAGCCAUCAGUGAUGGAGAAUUUCUGCUCACAUUAAGUGACUAAAGGUACAAUGAGUAGGCCUAGAAUUCGUGAAACAGGCCUUGUAACUUCAACCAUUGGGUUUGAGUAAUCUUGGUCAAUAAAUACUUUUAUUUUAAAGAA